AUGGCUUCUGCAAUCGAUCACGAGAAGCACGGUGACCGCGACAGCUCAAGCCUGGAGGGGAAAAUUGAUCACCAUGGCAUGCACCAGGAGGUCGUCAAUCCGCUCACCGAACUCGCAGACCCAGAUGCCGGGCUCAGCAACGAAGAGCGCGCAGCUGAGGACAAGAAGCUCCUCCGUAAGCUGGACUUGAAGCUGAUCCCAUGGCUGUCUUUCCUGUAUUUGAUCUCCUUCCUCGACCGAACGAACAUCGGAAAUGCAAAAGUCGACGGCUUGCAAACUGACCUGCACAUGACGGAUGGCCAGUACAACGCCACGCUCACCAUCUUCUUCGUCAGCUACUCCGUGUUCGAGCCUCUGACGAAUGUGUUGCUCAAGAAGAUGCGUCCCAGCGUCUUCCUCCCUAUGAUCAUGAUCGCCUGGGGCAUCGUCAUGUGCUGCAUGGGCUUGGUGAAAAACUACUCCGGACUGAUGGCCUGUCGAUUCUUCCUCGGCCUUGCUGAAGCUGGGCUCUUCCCCGGAGUUAAUUACUUUAUCAGUUGUUGGUAUAAACGGUCCGAGUUUGGCAUCCGGGCUGCUAUUUUCUUCUCGGCUGCAGCGCUGGCUGGAUCGUUUGGUGGUCUCCUCGCGGCCGGCAUCGCUCAGAUGAAAGGUGUUGGCGGCAAGCCUGGAUGGGCGUGGAUCUUCAUCCUCGAAGGCCUCGCCACGGUCGUAGUCGGCAUCGCCAGCUACUGGAUGGUGCACGACUUCCCCGCAGAAGCCACAUUCCUCUCGCCCGACGACCGGGCCCGCGUCCUGCGCCGUCUCGCACUUGACAAGCAGUCGUCGGCCAAGGUCGAAUCGUUCAAAUGGAAGUACUUCUGGCAAUCCGUCAAGGACUGGAAAACGACAAUGUACGCCAUCAUAUACAUGGGCGCCGACGCCUCGCUCUACGCCUUUGCCCUCUUCCUGCCCACCAUCAUCAAGGGGCUGAACCCGCAGUACUCCGCCACAACCGCCAACCUGCUCUCCGUGCCCCCCUACGCCGUAGCUGCCAUAGCCACCGUCUUCAUCGGCUGGCUGGCCGACCGCACACAGCAGCGCGGGCUGUGCAACAUCGGCAUGUCGCUGUUCGGCAUCGCCGGCUUCGCCAUGCUGCUGGGCAGCGGCAACGCGCACGUGCAGUACGCAGGCGUGUUCCUGGGCGCGCUGGGCAUCUACCCGUGCAUCCCCAACACGAUAUCCUGGACGUCCAACAACGUCGAGGGCGUGUACAAGCGCGGCGUCACCAUCGGCUUUGUUAUUGGCUGGGGCAACCUGAACGGCGUCGUCAGCUCGAAUAUUUACCGCGGGAGGGAUAAGCCGCGCUACUUCCUCGGCCAUGGCGUUGUGCUUGCGUAUCUGACGCUGUUCUUGUUCGGUGGCAGUGUGGUGACGAGGUUCAUGCUCGCUAGGGAGAACAAGAAGCGCAGAGACGGACUGCGGAACCAGUGGGUCGAGGGGAAGAGCCAGGAUGAGGUGGACGAGAUGGGCGACAAGGUGCCGGACUUUGAGUACGUUCUUUGA